AUGCGAUGGGGUAAAUCCUUCACCAUACUCAGCGACUACGCUCCUGUAAUUAAACACCUCGAUGAUGUGAUGAACAGAUUUUACGAUCCAGUCGACUAUCGCGCCCGCCGACAAAAUGGCAGCCGCCAGUGGAUUGAUUUUCCGCGGAUGUGCACCCCAUACUGCCUAGAAGGCGGUAUUACUCUGGCAAGUGUCGCUUUGGCGCGUGCCGGAUCACUCUACUCGUAA